AUGGUUUAUUCUGGGGCAUAUCAAAUUCCGUUAUUCUGUUAAUAAUUAGACAGGACACCUCCUUUUGAUAUGAAAAAAAUGUAUAUAAUCCUAUAAAAUAAUUUAGUUAUUCCCAUGAACGAUCUCCAUGUUGUACUAUGUUAGUAAGAAUUUAUAAAGCACCAUUAAGUAAAGAUGGGAAAAGAGCCUUAUCGAUUUAAGAAUUUCCAAGUUUAAAGGAUCAAAUCACAAGAAGUAUUAUGAGAUCUCGACUUUAAUAUGAAGCAAGAGUUUACAAUACUGAAUUAGCUCUUAUCACAAAAUCUGAAAAUGAACUAUUUCCUUAAAGAACAAUAAGACCUGACAUAAGUGUUAGAGAGGCUGCUUAUUUAUUAAUAAAAGGAGAGCAAAUAAAUAAAUAAUUUAAGGAUCAUGAAAAAAUAGAUUAUUUAGAUAAUCGUAUAUCAUUGACUCAUGACUCAUUUAUGAUUGAUAUGAUGUUUUUGCUAAAUAUAGAUCAGAAGCAGGAUUCAAAUUAACAGUAGAUGGAUUACAUAAUAUAGUAAAUCAAUCCCAUAUGUAUGUUGUCUUUUAUUAUUUAUCUUAACCAGGAACAUAUUAUUUAGGACCGAAAGAUCUAAAUCUGUGUUCUAAUUAUGAUUUCGAUUCAAAAGUAAAUAAUGAUGCUUGGUUCAAAUUUAAAGAAAAUGCUAACAGAUAUUAGAAUAUAAUAUAAGAUAUAAAAUCAGUUCCUUUCUCUAAACCAGAUGGAGAUAUAUCUGAUGUAGGUUGGUCAAUAUUACCGAUAUUCUCACCUGACAAUUAUGUUAUGUCAAACUGUUAUUAAUUACCAAUCUUCAGAGGAUCUAUACCUAGCGCUGUUAUAGAAGAUAUUAAAAGAUAAGAUACUUGGGAUUAUCUUCGAGAUUAAGUUACGAAUAAUAAAGUAUUUUAUCUUAAAAACAUGUCUAUCAUCGUUAGAUUAGUAGAUGCUCAAAGAGAAGUAACUUUUUAAUUUCAUUCUAGGGAUAUUAAAAUAAACGUAUGGAUUGUGAUAGAUUACAAUAUAAAUAUAUACCUCAAGGAAAAAAUAUCAAAUAAUGGUCUUACAAUUCUGCUGUUGUUUUGGAUUAGAUGA